AUGUCAGCGCCAUACAACUGGGCUGCGGGCGAUGGCGACCAAGGCGACAACGCCGGCUCAUCGUCCUCGACACCCCGCUCGUCAGCUUGGGUCAUCGAUACUGCCCCUACCCCCUCGCGCGGUGGACAAAAGACAAAGAGGAGACGCCACGAUGCCACGUCUUCGCCUGAGCUGGAGCAAAACGCCUCCUUCACAUUCGAUCUUCAAGGCGACGAGCAGGUAGCUCCGCCCAGCAAGGAACCGUCACCACCACCGGCACCAUCGAACCUGCUCCUCCCCGAGCACGUUGAGCUCGCCCGCCACAACGCAGACGAUCCACCAGACGAUGCGCCAUCCCCAUCCUCAUCAGCCGACGGAGCUUUAGGCGACUUCACACAGAUCGAUGGCGCCGAUCCGCACUCCACCCGCUACUACGACGUCGCCGCUGCCGAGUCGCGCCAAUCUCUCAAAGAGUGCGAAGUCUGCGGAGAGCGCGGGCAUACCAAACGCAACUGCUCCCACCUCCUUUGCGCAAGCUGCGGUGCAACCGAUGAGCACACGACGCGGGACUGCCCAGUCGGGGUGUCCUGCUUUCGAUGCGGGAUGAAGGGCCAUCGACGCAACGAAUGCACGGCUGAUGUGAGACGGAUGCCAUCAAGAUGCAGGCGCUGCGGUGCCUCCAAUCACAUGGAGGAGAGCUGCCCAACGCUCUGGAGGAUAUACAGUUAUGUGGAUGAGGAGGUGUGGGAGGCAUAUCGCGAGGGCAAGGCUGCUGCUGCGGGCACUUCAUCGCGCGAGCACGACUGGGACCCGGCGCAACGCUGGUGCUACAACUGCGCGGCUCGAGGAGCUCAUUGGGGAGAUGAUUGCCCGCAGCCUCGCCGCUCGCGUCAUGGCGAGCCUAGCGCGUUCAGCGAGUACGUCUCACGCAUGGGACCAUUUGCGCACAGGCUGGCCCCACCUCCGCCAUCUCACGCUCAUCCAGGUGCAGACAUGUACGACGUCAGCGUGGGCCCGACUGCCUCGAUGCACUUCCUCGGCGGCAGGGCAGGCGGCAACAAUGCCUCACUCGAGGAGGAGGUGGACCGUCUCUUCGCACGAGCCCCAGGCGCCUCACGCAGGCAGAUGGAGCGCGAGAGGGCGAGAGAGAGGGAGCAGCAGCGCAGGGGAGCUACCGCCACAUCGUCUUCGUCACACCCCAGCACACGUACUUCAACGAAGACAGCGAAGAAGACCUCGAAGAACGGGCUUUCAACCGCGCACGCAGACGACGCCGCGAGCAAGAAGAGCAAGAAGCAGAAGAGCAAAGGCGCAACAGACAGCGCGAACGGCGUCGCAGGGAAGAGCAAGAAGAGCGCCGCGCACCAGGGUACUGGGCUCGCAGAGCGUUUGAGUGACGCCCCGGCGCCGGUAGGGAUGGACGAUUACAUCGAGAUCAGCAGCGAUGAUGACAGCGAAGACGAGCGGCACAACGGAGCUCGCGCGAACGGCAAGGCGAGGGGCAAGAAGCGCUCCCGCGAGGUCGACGAUGCUCCUCCACCGCCGAAGCAAAAGAACAAGAAAAAGGCGCGACUAAGCCAAGAGGGCACGCACGAUGAUCCCCCUCUCGCUGCUGCACCGUCGAAGAAGCAGAAGAAGGCGGCGAGGAAGGCUGCGCGAGAAGCUGCGCAACAAGACCCCGCGAUGACGAUGAAUGGAUACAGAUUCUCCUCAACGUCAAAACGGGGAGGUAAAAAGGCCAAAGAGAACAAGCUACGCGCCGUUGAUGCCGAGAAGCGGGCGAAUGCUCCGCCUAAUAGCGAGUCGGGUUCUGCUCCUGCCUCAGCGAAUGCGGCCAAGAGGCAGGCCAAGAAGGCGAAACAGCGAGCCCAGCGGGAGAAGCAGAACCAGCAGCAGCAGCAGGGGCAGGGGCAGGGGCAGGGUAGCGCUGCAGCUCCACCUCCCCAGAAUCGGGCCGCUCGGCGCAAGGCACUCUAUGGCGCUGCUAAUGGUGCGACGGGAAGAGGGAAUCAACCCAUGUUCCGCGGCGGGUAUGAUUGA